AACCAAAAAUCAAAAGAGUUGUUUGACACUGAUGAUUUUGUAUUUUCCUACGAUUACCUAUCCAACUUGCUUCAGAUUGACUACAACCAAUUGCUCAAUCUAAAACAAAACCACCAGCAGUACUUGGACUUUGCCAAAUCAUCUACCAACUCAGUUUUCGGACCACUUGAUAAAGAAAAAAAGACCUCUUCUCGUCAUGAUGAUAAUACUAACAACAAAAUUCAAAAUGGUAUUGUCUAUGUUGGUGGUGGAAAAUACAGCUGGCUAGCUCUUCUAAGUAUAACCCAAUUGAGACUAACCAACUCAACUACUCCAGUUGAGGUCUUUAUUGCAACCGAAGAGGAUUAUGAUCAAGACUUUUGCGAAACCGUUUUGCCAACUUUGAAUGCUCAUUGCAAUCUAUUAUACAAAAAACUUGAUAUCUCAAUUUUCACAAUGAAUGACAUUCCACUCAAGGGUUAUCAAUAUAAAAACUUGGCUCUCUUAAUAUCAGAUUUCGAAAACAUUUUAUUCAUCGAUGCCGAUAAUUUUCCAACUAAAAAAGUUGAUUCUUUGUUCAUUUCAAAGCCUUUUUUGAAAACAGGUCUAGUAAUUUGGCCUGAUUAUUGGGCAAGAACAACUAAUCCUAAUUGGUACGAUAUCGCUGGUAUCUCAUUUGAAAAAAAAAUAAUAAGAAACUUAAAUUAUUACAAAACAAAAUUUCCUGAUAAGGAGUUAAAUCAAAUCGAUACUCUAAAGGACGCAAACUUUCAUGAUUUAAAUAACACUUUGCCCAAUCCAACUUCGGAAUCUGGCAUGUUACUAGUCAAUAAAAAGAAACACGUCAAAACUCUAUUGUUAUCUCUAUAUUAUAACGUCUUUGGCCCAACUUAUUAUUAUCCUCUAUUUACUCAGGGCUCUGCUGGCGAAGGUGACAAAGAAACCUUUAUAGCUUCCGCUUUUACUUUAAAUCUACCUUACUAUCAGCUCCAAAAGAAAUUCAAAUGGAUCGGUUAUCACGACGAAAAUGAAAAAUUUAAUGCAAAGGCUCUAGGCCAAUAUGAUCCAAUAAUUGAUUAUCAAAAUUUUGAAAACGACGUUUUAUUCAUGCAUUUAUCUUACCCAAAAUUAAUUCCAGAAUUAUUAUUAGAGAAACAAGAACUAACUAAAGAUGAUGGAUCACAUAGAAGAUUAUAUAUUGGCAUGACCGAAUCCCUAGGCUACGAUUUCGAAUUACAAGUCUGGCAAAUAUUUAAUGGUUUGUUAUGUAAAAAUUAU